AUGCUGGCCGUCGGCCUCUGCGUCUUGCUCCUGUCCUGCUGGCACGCCAAUUCGCUGCCAUUGUCCACCCAGCUCUCGGAGGAAGACGAAAAGGUCAUCAAAUGCAUCACGGAGGUUCUGGCUGACACCCUCUCCAAAGCUAGCCCGGUUCCGGUCGCCAACGACUGCCUGAAGAUCCUGAAAGAAGACGAGCGGGUCCUGGCCAUGUUGCACCAUCACUACCUGCUGAAGGAGCUAAAGGAGCUGGUCCAUGAAGAGAACGCCCACCACCACCCGAGCCACGGCGCCUGGCAGGAGACGGAGGAGGGCCCCGAGGGGGACGAGCUGAGGAAGCGGGACAAGCCCCUCCAGCAGAGCUUGGCCGCCUCCGAGACAGUGGAGGAGAAGGAGGGCGAGGCCCGGAAGGAGGAGUAUGAGAAGACGGAGAAGAUCGAGGAGAAGGUGAAAGAGGAGAAGGUCUCGCACGGGGAGGACAGCACCCAGGUGGAGGAGGCGGCCAAGGAGAUCUUGGAGGGCGAGGAAGAGGAGGAGGAGAGGAAGAGGAGGCACGAGGCGGUGAGGCGGGCGUCGCCGAAGCUGAGGGAGAUCCGGGGCCCCGGGGCCAGCAAGAAAACGGGGCCGCCAGCCAAGAGGCACUUCAGCCAAGAGGACACUUCGGAGGAGGAGCCGCCGUACCACCAUGGAGGCCGGCAGCACGGGGGGCUAGAGGAUUGGGAGCAGGAGGAAGAGGAGGGGCAGGAGGAAGAGGAGGACGAGGAGGAGGAGGAGGAAGAGGAAAAGCGGUCGGGCCCGGCCCGGCGGAAGGGCGGCCCGGCCAAGCGGAUGGCCGAGAAGGCCAGCGACGAGGAGACGGCCCAGUUCGAGGCGGAGGAGAAGGGCGUGAAAAUCUCCGACUCGCAGAGCCACCUCCACGGGGACGGGCGGCUGUGGAAGGAGGGGGAGGGGCGGCACGGCCACCGCCACGGGCCGCUCGGCCACCCGCUGAAGAAGAGGCACCACGAGGAUGAGGCGGGGCACCUGAAGGGCAAGCACCAUGGCCACCAGGAGGAGGAGGAAGAAGAGGAGGAGGAGGAGGAGGAGGAGGAGGAGGAAGAGGAAGAAGAGAGGGAGGAACGGGAGCUGGAGAAGCUGGAAGAGAUCGAGCACGCGCUGAAGAAGGUGGCGGAGAAGCUGCGGGAGCUGCGGAGAGGGUGA